AUGGGUCCAUGUCCGCUCCAUCGGGCGCCUCCUGCUCCCCCGUUGAUUCAGAGCGGUCAGGUCCACUUUCAGGCUCGGCACGUCGGGUACAUUGUGUCCUCGUUCUUUACGCUUGUGUCCGUGGUCGCAACUGCAUGGCUCGUCCAGAAACAUCUCAAGUGGUAUUCUUGUAAACCCCAACAACGACACAUCGUCAGACUCUUGUUCAUGGUCCCCAUAUAUGCCAUAAUCACCCUCGCGUCAUACCUCUCCCUGUCCCAUGCGACGUCCUUGUUGCUUAUUCGGGACGCAUACGAAUCGGUCGUUCUUGCUUCUUUCUUUUCCUUGUUGCUCGAGUAUAUCGCUGGACCCCGACAUCCCCCCGAUCCGCACCCUGACAAGUCCAAUCCCAAGUCCAAGUCCAAGUCCAGGUUUAAACGCAAGGAGAAACGCAGGGACGAAGAGCGUGAACACCUCGAUACCGAAAGCGUUCGCACCCAGGUCGAGGAUGACCAAGUCGAACUUUUGGACGGUGUGGAAACGAUCAAUCAGCCGUUGAGUAAAUCCGAGCGAGCGACGGUUGUGCACAAGGUGUUUUAUCGUGUGCCGAUGUAUCCUGCCUCCCAUCCGCUCCGAACAGACCCUCAGAACGCGCACAAGCCCCUCAAGUGGAUAUUUCCCUUGGGUGCCGUCAGUGCUCGCCCCAAGGACGGGCUGUCGUAUCUCCACUGGAUGAAAUGGGGUGUGUUGCAGUAUUGUAUUGUUAGACCUGGUCAAGAAUUGAAGCCUUAUAAUCCACUGUUAAAGCUGUUUGCAGUCAAGGCAGUCGUAUUUCUUACAUUUUGGCAGUCGGCGUUGCUCUCGGGGCUGGCGUCGUUGGAUAUCAUCAAGGAUACUGAAUAUAUGACGGCGGAAGAUAUCGUCGUUGGGUUUUCAGCCCUCUUGCAGACAUUCGAGAUGAUGUAUGCUCGUGGGUUUACACGUCAAGGCGUUUCGUACAUCCCAUACAAACGGAUCGCCCGAAUUCGCGCAGACAAUCAUGUCCAACCCACCUUAGACCGACCCCAGGUCCGAGAUCCAGAUCCAGACAUGCCCCCUCUUCUCUCCCCCCCACCGACGAACGCGCGCGAACAGAAAACCCGACCGUGCGGUCCCGGCCCCGCCCAAACGCCAGUUCCCAACCUCGUCCAAGCGUUCACGUUUACAGACACAUUUCGAGACCUCCGAGCUGGGGUGUACUUUUUCGGCAGGGGUGCGAGUCGAGAGGCCGAUGACAUGUGUAGGCGCGAGGAGAGGUUUAGGCAGGUGUUUGGGAGGGAACGCGUUCAGCCAUCGUUUUUAAAGGUGUCUGGGUACAAGGGUCUUCCUCAGGAUGAUGGACGGGCUAUUCCGGGUGUGCGCUGUAGUCCUCUUCCGACCCCACCAAAGGAAGAAUGA